AUGGCGCACGCGACCUUCCUCCGCUCUUUGCGGCCCACCGUCAUCCAUCCAAUCUGGCGCCCGCACCGAUGUGCCCACUCAAGUCAAUUUCAACCCUUCGUACCCCCAUCACCAAGUUCCCUAGGGAAACCCACAGAAGCAAAGACGUAUAAAAGAACCAUCAGAUGGCUACGUCGUAUAAUCUACGUCUCACUAGGAACAGGCGUCGCCUACGGCAUCGACAGCCAGUUCUACGCCUCAUCGCUGACCCGAACAGCUCGGACCUUUUCUCUCGGUCUCUUCGUCGCCCUCGAUUACAAAAUUAACUUCCGCCCACACCCGCCCCUGGCCAGCUCUAUUGCUGCCGUGCACGCCCGCAACGCAGAGCGCUUGUCAGAUCUGUUGAGGUAUAAUGGCGGUCUUUAUCUGAAGAUAGGCCAGGCGAUUGCGAUGCAAUCUGCCAUCCUGCCCCCUGAGUUCCAGCAGAUGUUCUCCCGCAUGUUUGAUGAUGCGCCUCAGAAUGACUGGAAGGAUAUCGAGAAGGUCAUCCGGGAGGACUUUGGGAAGUCGCCUGAGGAGGUCUUUGGGAUCUCGUUUACGGGUGAUCCUGACAAGGGCGUGAUGGAGCGCAAAGCCCGAGCCAGUGCUAGUGUUGCCCAGGUCCACUGGGCUCGUCUGCAGGAUGGCAGGGAGGUCGCCAUCAAGAUCCAAAAACGGGAGAUCGUGCAGCAGUUGGCAUGGGAUCUCUGGGCCUUCAAAGUCGUAACCUUUGUCUACAGCAAGAUGUUCGACAUCCCUUUCUACAGCCUCGUUCCCUAUAUCAGUGAGAGACUCUCGCUCGAAACAGACUUUGUAAAUGAAGCUGAUAACUCGGAAAACAUGGCCAAGCUAGUGGCCGCUGAGCCCCGUCUACGCGACCGCGUGUAUAUUCCUCAUGUAUACCGUGAACUGAGUUCGAAGCGUAUCAUGACCGCCGAAUGGGUAGAAGGUAUACGGCUCUGGGACAAAGACGCCAUCACGCGGCCCUGGCGCGGCGGCUGGCGCCAGGGAAGUCCCGGCUGUCACGGUACGCCGCUUGACCAACCGGAGACGACUUCGGCGGAGCGAAACCUGCGCGCAUCGAGGACCAAGCCAGAGCGCAGUUACUGGCGAGGCCGAAACAAGCAGGGCGGACUGGGACUGUCCCUCAAGGACGUGAUGACGACUAUGGUAGACCUGUUCUCCGCCCAGAUGUUCCUGUGGGGCUACGUCCACUGCGAUCCUCACCCAGGCAACAUCUUCAUCCGCCGCAAGCCGUCCGGACAGGCAGAGCUGGUUCUGAUCGACCACGGCCUGUACAUCCAUAUGGAGCCGGGAUUCCGACACCAAUACGCGCGCUUCUGGAAAGCCCUCCUCACCUUUGACAAUCGCACGCUGGGCGAGAUUGUCAGGGGCUGGGGUGUGAAUAAUCCAGACUUCUUCGCGUCAGCAACAUUGAUGCGUCCCUAUAGUGGCGGGGACAUGUCUACACAGCGCGGUCUUCAGGGACUGAGCAGGUCGGAGCGUGCCGAGCGACUCUACGAGAUGCAGCAGGGGAUGCGCAAGGCGAUCCGGGAUAUGCUAGGCGAUGAAACCAAGUGGCCGCAGGAGCUGAUCUUUAUCGGUCGCAAUCUGCGCAUUGUCCAGGGUAACAAUCAGUUCCUAGGCUCGCCCGUGAACCGCGUAAAGAUUUCUGGUAUCUGGGCGUCGCGUGCGCUUAUCGAGUCGCCAGAUCUGCCGCUGGCCGAAAAGAUCCGUAAUAUUGGUCGCCAUUUAGUCUUCCGUUUCGUCUUGUUUACUACGGAUAUCUUCUUCUAUUUCACCAAGGUGCGCCAGUUCUUGCAUCUGGGUGGCGGUAUGGAGGAUGAUAUCGAGGCUCAGAUGCAGAAUAUGGCUAAGGAUUUGGGGGUUGAGCUUAACCACAGUGUCUUUGAGGGAUAG